UACAAAGAAAAAGGGGAACUCCUGCUCCUCCACCGACAUAAAAGCAGCACAGCCCCUACAGCAGCCACCGAUCCCACAUCAGUUUCAUUGGGCAGAGGCAUGGCAGAGCACAGCAUCAGGAGCAGAGCAGCACAGCUGGGGGUCGGGCGCUGGGUGCUGCCGGCUGUGCUCUGCCUCCUGCUGCCAUCCACGUGGGCACUGCCUGCUCCUGCCCACAGCCUGGCCAAGGGACUCAACUGCUCCAGGUCACUGCUGGCUGCUGCCAACGAGGCACUCCUGCAAGUGCAGAAACAGGGGGUACUGGGAUUUGAAUGCACCCUUGAAGAGGUCGAUCUUGAAGAUGUCACCAACAGCCAAAUCAACACAAUAAAAUCCUGCAUAUCUGAGGAUACAGGGGCUGGAAAGUGUCCAGUACUGGAAAGUUCUACUUUAGAUAUGAGCAAAUGCCUGCAGGGGAUCUACGAAGAUCUGAAAACCUACAAGGCAGAGCUGUGGAACCUCAAGGAUCUGAGGGUGCUGACAUCCAUUGAUGACAUGAUGCAAGUCCUGCAGCCCCGCAGCCCGGCCACGCCGCAGCCCUCGCCCAGCACCAUCCUUGGCUCCUUCCAGGGCCGCAUGCGGCUCUGCGGGGUCCUGCACGCCUUCUGCCUGCGUGCCGUCACCAUCAGCAGGAUGCUGAGCUACCUGAGUGCCCUCACUGCAGAGACGUAA